AUGGAGGGAAGAGCUACUGCUCUGAGGUCGAUGAUCCAGAAGCAUCGUCCCAAGAAGGAGGAUCUGGACCCUCGGAGCUGGAUGACACAGGGAACUAAGGGGUUUUCUGAGCUCAUGCAGAACAAGAACGUGGAAGACACAGACGACAGCUUUGACACCAAAGAGAUGUUGCUAGAGGCAGAGAAGCAGUUUAUGGAAGCAGCCAAGAGAAAUGACGUGGAGACCAUGAAGACUCUUGGAAAAGGCCUGAAUGCAAACGCAAAGAAUUUGCAUGACAGGACGGCCCUUCAUUAUGCCGUUGCUGGCAGGAACAAGGAAGCUGUGAAGUUUCUUCUGCAGCGUAGGGUCAAAGUGGACCAAAGGGACAAGUACGGUGUGGCAACCAUUCAUUUGGCUGCCUGGUUUGGCAGUUUGGAGAUCCUAAAAUUAUUAGUGCAAGCUGGGGCCGACCAGAAGGUUGAGAAUGAGGAAGGGAUGAACAUCAUACACUGUGCUGCUAUAAACAACCACACAGACAUUGCAGAGUAUAUCAUUAAUGACCUGCAGAUGAAAGAACUAGACAAAAAUGACCAGUCAGGAAACCAGGCCUUCGCGUUGGCAGCAGAGCAUGGCUGUGUUGAAAUGUUGGAGUUGCUUAUGGAUCCAUACAUGAUGGGCACCAUGAAGCCCAACAAGGUAGGGGACACGCCCCUGCACUUAGCUGCCAGGAACGGCCACUUGGACGCCAUCCAACUGCUGCUGCAGAGCUUUGAUACUCGGGAUGAAGUCAAUAUGGAUGGUGAGACUGCUCUGUACCAGGCUGCAGACAGCGGUCAUGAAGGAUGUGUCCAUAUCCUGCAGGACGCUGGCUGUGACCCCAACAUCCUCACAACGGCCAAAUCCAGUGCUCUCCAUCCAGUUUCAGAGAGAGGGGACGCCUCUCUUGUCCAAAUUCUCUUAGACAACAAAGCCCACACCGACAAUAAAAAUCAGAAUGAAGAGGCUCCUCUCCACCUGGCGGUAAAGCACGGUCACAUCCCCAUCAUCCAUUCUCUGCUGGAGGCAGGCUGCGACAUUAAUAUCACAGAUAAGCGGUCACAGACUGCAUUGCAUCUUGCUGCAGAGCUGGCCAGAAUAGAAGUGGUGGAAAUGCUUCUUAAAGCCGGGCUGGAUCUGACACUCAAGGAUAAGCAGGGUAAGACAGCUCUGGGUGUAGCAGCCAGAGCAGACGAGGUGAUUAUUGUGGACAUGAUCAUUAAAGCAGAAAGAUACUACGCCUGGAGGAAGGCCAACCCUGAGCUUAAUGAGGAUGUUCACAGCGAGCAUCCACUAACGUUUAAACUCGACCACCGCUGUGAGACCAAGCGGCUCCGUACGAUGGCCUGGCGUCUGGCAUACGAGCUCCUGAAACCAGGGGACUGGAAAACACUAGCAAACCACUGGGGCUUCACUAAGGAGCAAAUGUCCUCCAUCGCGGAGCAGUGGACAGGUCAGCACAGUUAUCAGGAGCACGGGAACAGGAUGCUGCUGAUCUGGCUCCACAAGGAGGAGUUAGUUCACAAGAACCCUGCUAAAGAACUCUACCAGGGGCUCAUCCUCACAGGAAACAGGAGAGCAGCAGAUAAGAUUCAGAUGGAGGCAGAGAGUACCAGCAGUAAGAGCUGCACCAUUUCAUGAGGCUGAGCCGUUUGGACUGACAAACUCUAACUCCAUAUUAACAUCAUUUUCAUCAAGCACUCAU